CGAUCAUGUCUUCCCAGAUAACCAACACGCCGAGCGCAGAUGUCCUCACUGGUUUCUACUCUUACACUGACACGCUCAAAGGCGUAUACUAUGGACCUGGUUGCGUCAAUGACGCCCUUCCCAAACUCUUGGCUACCAUAGGUAGUACAAAAGCUUUGAUCGUCACGGGGAAGUCGCUGCGGGAAAAGACCGAUGUCAUUUCCAGGAUCGAGACUAUCCUGAAGGAGCACAACGCGUACGGGGCAACGUUAUCUGAGAUUGGUGAACACGCUCCCGUGAGCGGGAUCCACAACGGCGUCAAGCUCUUCAACGAGAUUCAAGCCGACGUCUUCGUUGCUGUUGGCGGCGGGUCUCCGGUAGACGCGGCUAAAGCCAUGUCAUACUUCAUUCAGCAGCAAAGAGGUGGAAGUUUUGUGAAACAAAUAGCUAUCCCCACUACCCUUAGCGCCGCGGAAUACACGGCAGGGGUCGGUUAUACCAAUGAAGAGGGCCAAAAAACUGUGCUUAUGUCUCCAUUUUUGCCACCCGCGGGCGUUAUUCUGGAUGCAGAACUUACCAUUACAACCCCUGAACGUUUGUGGCUGUCGUCCGGUAUCAGGGCGCUUGACCAUGCAGUCGAGGGGCUCUAUCGUCCACUCCUUGCUCUUCCUGCAAAGGUCCUAGGUUAUGCGGCACUCGCCGACCUAUUCAAAUACCUCCCAGAGUCGAAAGCGAACCCCAAGGAUUUAGCUGCGCGUCAGAAGCUGCAGGUGGCGGCUUGGAUGAGUUUAUGGCCCAUAAAGACGGAAAGACCCAGCCCCUUGGGUCUUUCGCAUGCGUUGGGACAUAAGUUGGGAGCAACCUAUGGAAUUCCGCACGGAAUCACUUCGUGUCUUACACUGGCCUCCGUUAUUCAAUACAAGGCGGAGACUGCUCCAGAGGAAGAUAAGCGCUCGCUUGCAGAGGCCUUGUUCUACCUCCAGGAGCCGUCGACGGGUACGCUCGAUGGUGAUGUCAAAAAGCUUGCCUUUCGUAUAGACGGUCUGGUUAAGCGCCUGGGACUGUCGACCAGCCUCGAGGAAAACAAAGUACCCAAGGCGGAUCUGGCCAAGAUAGCGAAGCUGGCAUUAGGCGAGGAUCAGUCAACUCACCCUCAGGUUGUCGAGCUACUGGAAAACAUUUACUCGAAGAGAGGGCUCUGAAAGGUUGAAUGGGGAUACAACUCAACGUAUUGUACUUGGAUAACCUCGUGGAUGUACUGGAACUUCGCCUAAAAGUUUAUAGCAAC